GAUUGAUUUUACAUCACAAAUACUGAACAUACAAGCAACAGUUCAAUAGUAUUUAAACUUUCUUUUCAUAUAUUCAACAAAAUCAAGAACUUUGAAAAAAAAAAAAAGAAAAAAAAAGCCAACAAUGGCUAAACUCACAGUAAGAGCAGAUAACAACAAUUUACUCCAUUUUUCCCAAUAUAGAAACCAUAACACUUCUUUAAGACCCCAAAGAUUGAAUCUUUUUUUAGCCCAAAAGCAUAAUUUGAAGUUUAGAGUUUCUUGCAGUAUCACUGAGAGAGAAAAGAAAGAAGCUGCAAAAAAGCAAAUAAUACUUAAUGGGUUGAAAGUGAAUGAGUUGGGAAAGGAGGGACUGAUUUCAACUUCUGAUGAUGAAUUGGGGGGUGAAAGUGAAGAUAAUGAAGUUGGUUUUGAAUGGAGAUGGCCACCAUGGAAUAAUUUACCUCAAAGAUAUAAGCUCAUUGGAACUACUUCUCUUGCUUUUGUUAUAUGUAACAUGGAUAAGGUCAAUUUGAGUAUUGCAAUUAUUCCAAUGUCGCAUCAAUUCGGGUGGAAUUCAUCAACAGCUGGAUUGGUCCAGUCAUCUUUCUUUUGGGGUUAUGCAUUAAGUCAAUUGCCAGGCGGGUGGCUUUCGAAGAUAUUUGGUGGGAGUCGAGUUCUUGAAGUUGGAGUAUUAGUCUGGUCUCUGGCAACAAUGUUAGUUCCCUAUCUUGCAGGGUUUAUGCCUGCACUCAUCUUUUCAAGGAUCUUGGUUGGGAUAGGAGAAGGAGUUUCACCAUCAGCUGCCACUGACCUGAUUGCCAGGACAAUACCCUUGGAGGAACGCUCUCGGGCAGUAUCAUUUGUUUUUGGUGGCUUGAGUUUCGGAAGUGUUAUCGGACUUCUAUUAGCUCCUCCACUGAUCCAGAACUAUGGAUGGGAAUCUGUGUUUUACCUGUUUGGCUUUCUAGGCAUAGCUUGGUUUUCAGGAUUUCAAUUGGUUAAAGAAGAUCGGCCCUGGUCUUUACCAGAAUCCAUGUCUUGGCCGCCGUCUUUUCCUAGAAAUAAAUCAUUGGGUUCUUCGUUGGGAGAGUUGAACACCUCAUUAAAGGAUGUACCAUGGAAGGCAUUUUUCAGAAGCAAAGCUGUAUGGGCGAUGAUAUAUGCACAUUUCUGUGGGAGUUGGGGACAUUAUACUUGCUUAUCUUGGCUUCCUACCUAUUUCAGUGAGGAGCUGAACCUUAAUCUGACAGAAGCAGCAUGGGUCUCUGUUGGCCCUCCAUUAGCUUCAAUUCUCGUUACCAGCAUUGCAUCUCAAUUUGCUGAUAGCUUAAUUUCCAAAGGAGUUGAUACAUCUCUGGUACGAAAAAUCUGUCAAACAAUUGCCUUUUUAUCUCCUGCGACAUGUAUGAUUCUUUCUUCUGUGGACUUUGGUUUGCCUCCAUGGGAAGUAGUAACAAUCCUCACUGGUGGUUUAGCUCUAUCAAGUUUUGCCUUAUCAGGCCUAUAUUGCACCCAUCAAGACAUUUCACCUGAAUAUGCAAGCAUUCUUCUGGGUAUUACGAACACUGUGGGGGCAGUUCCCGGAAUUGUAGGCGUCGCGCUCACCGGUUAUCUUCUUGAUUCAACUCACUCAUGGAGUAUUUCUUUGUUUGCACCGUCAAUUUUCUUCUACCUCACUGGAACAAUCGUGUGGCUGGCGUUUGCAAGCAGUAAGCCACAGAGCUUCUCGGAAGGAGAUUGACCUUAUUAUACAGCUUCGAGUUGAUCAACGAGCCUACGUAAAUACUAACAGUUUUCAGCACAAGACAUUUUGUGGACUAACCCAAAGUUGUUUUUCUUUCUUUUUUUGUGUGUAUAAUAAUCAAGACUUAAGGGACUUUGCAACUUUAGUGAAAAGUUCCCUACAUUAUGUAAUUUUUUUUUUUUUUUGAUAAGUUGCAUUUUGUAGCUUUUUAGAUUGUAGUUAUGAUAUACUCAGCAGAUGUAAUGAUGUAUAAUGAAGAUCUUUAAAUAGUGAAUGUGGCUUCAUUCAUA